ACUGACGCGGGCCCGCGCGUGAGUCAAGCCUGCGUCACGGCGCCCCGCAGCCAGGGUGGCCUUUCGGAAAGCGAGGGAACAGUGCGCGCUGCGCUGCGCUCCGCCCAGCUCCGUUCCGCUCCGCAGAGCCGGCGCGGCCAGGGCGCAGGGAGGGCGGCACUCGGCGCCGGCGACUGCAGCCGCACGCGCUCUCGCCGCGCUGCUCCCCGGAGGCUCGAGCGCGCCGCGGGCGGGAUCUGGGCCGGGACCGGCGGCGAGGGAGGGAGGGAGGAGAGAGCAGAGUCGCGUGCGCGGACGCGCGGCUCCAGGUCCCCUCCCAGCCCCGGCCGGUGCCCGCCGCCGCCAGACUCGAGCUGCCCGCGGGAGGGGCGGUGCGCCCGCCACCCGUCGGGGACCACAGCUACUCGGCCGGAGUGCAGGGGCCGAGCCCGCGCGACGGCCCACGCCGGACAGGUCCCCGGAUGAGAAGGAGCUGACGGCAGCUGAGCGUCACUUUCUCUGAGUGCUGGGGAGCAGGGCUGCGCGGCCCGGGGGCACCAAUGCCGAAGAACAGCAAGGUGACCCAGCGUGAGCACAGCAGUGAGCAUGUUACGGAGUCGGUGGCCGACCUGCUGGCCCUCGAGGAGCCGGUAGACUACAAGCAGAGUAUCCUGAACGUGGCGGGCGAGGUGGGCGGCAAGCAGAAGGCGGCGGAGGACGAGCUGGACGCCGAGGACCGGCCAGCCUGGAACAGCAAGCUGCAGUACAUCCUGGCACAGAUUGGCUUCUCCGUGGGCCUGGGCAACAUCUGGAGGUUCCCCUACCUGUGCCAGAAAAAUGGAGGCGGUGCCUACCUGGUGCCCUACCUCGUGCUGCUGGUCAUCAUCGGAAUCCCACUCUUCUUCUUGGAGCUGGCCGUGGGCCAGAGGAUCCGCCGCGGCAGCAUUGGCGUGUGGCACUACGUGUGUCCCCGCCUGGGGGGCAUCGGCUUCUCCAGCUGCAUCGUGAGUCCGGGGCCGGCGCUGGGCGCGGGAACCAGCCUGCCAAGGGGCCGCUCCCGGGGAUGGGGCUUGCAGACCAGAGUCUUGGGCCGGGUCAAGGGCAGGGAGGGAGACCCUCUGCAUGAGAAUCGCUUCCAGCUGGCGUCUCAGGGCCACGCAUUUCCUACACUGAAAGUGAGCUGCUCCGUGGCCGUGGCUGCCUUUCUAGUGGUGGAGGCAGAGUGUGAGAAGAGCUCAGCCACUACCUACUUCUGGUACCGAGAGGCCUUGGACAUAUCCAACUCCAUCUCCGAGAGCGGUGGCCUCAACUGGAAGAUGACCCUGUGCCUGCUGGUGGCCUGGAGCAUCGUGGGUAUGGCUGUCGUCAAGGGCAUCCAGUCCUCGGGGAAGGUGAUGUAUUUCAGCUCCCUCUUCCCCUACGUGGUGCUCGCCUGCUUCCUGGUCCGGGGGUUGCUACUACGAGGGGCCGUCGAUGGCAUCCUACACAUGUUCACCCCCAAGCUGGACAAGAUGCUGGACCCCCAGGUGUGGCGGGAGGCGGCCACCCAGGUGUUCUUCGCCCUGGGGCUGGGCUUCGGGGGCGUCAUCGCCUUCUCAAGCUACAACAAGCAAGACAACAACUGCCACUUCGACGCGGCGCUCGUGUCCUUCAUUAACUUCUUCACGUCGGUGCUGGCCACCCUCGUGGUGUUUGCCGUGCUGGGCUUCAAGGCCAACAUCAUGAACGAGAAGUGUGUGGUCGAGAAUGCCGAGAAAAUCCUGGGGUACCUCCACACCAACGUCCUGAGCCGGGACCUCAUCCCUCCCCACGUCAACUUCUCGCACCUGACGGCCAAGGACUACACAGAGAUGUACAAGGUCAUCCGGGCCGUGAAGGAGGACCGUUUCGCAUCCCUGGGCCUCGACCCCUGCCUUCUGGAGGAUGAGCUGGACAAGUCCGUGCAGGGCACAGGGCUGGCCUUCAUCGCCUUCACCGAGGCCAUGACGCACUUCCCCGCCUCCCCGUUCUGGUCUGUCAUGUUCUUCCUGAUGCUCAUCAACCUGGGCCUGGGCAGCAUGAUCGGGACUAUGGCUGGCAUCACCACGCCCAUCAUCGACACCUUCAAGGUGCCCAAGGAGAUGUUCACAGUGGGCUGCUGUGUCUUUGCAUUCUUCGUGGGGCUGUUGUUCGUCCAGCGCUCCGGAAACUACUUUGUCACUAUGUUUGAUGACUACUCGGCCACCCUGCCGCUCACUGUCAUCGUCAUCCUUGAGAACAUUGCUGUGGCCUGGAUCUAUGGAACCAAGAAGUUCAUGCAGGAGCUGACGGAGAUGCUGGGCUUCCGGCCCUAUCGCUUCUAUUUCUACAUGUGGAAGUUCGUGUCUCCCCUGUGUAUGGCUGUGCUCACCACGGCCAGCAUCAUCCAGCUGGGGGUCACACCCCCGGGGUACAGUGCCUGGAUCAAGGAGGAGGCUGCCGAGCGCUACCUGUACUUCCCCAACUGGGCCAUGGCACUUCUGAUCACCCUCAUCGCUGUGGCGACCCUGCCCAUCCCUGUGGUGUUCAUCCUUCGGCACUUCCACCUGCUCUCCGACGGCUCCAACACGCUCUCCGUGUCCUACAAGAAGGGCCGCAUGAUGAAGGACAUCUCCAACCUGGAGGAGAACGAUGAGACCCGCUUCAUCCUCAGCAAGGUGCCCAGCGAGGCGCCGUCCCCCAUGCCCACCCACCGCUCCUACCUGGGGCCCGGCAGCACGUCCCCCCUGGAGACCAGCGGCAACCCCAACGGACGCUACGGGGGCAGCUACCUCCUGGCCGGCACCCCUGAGUCGGAGCUGUGACCACUGCGCCGCCCUGCCCGCCUCUCCCUUCACAUCCAUCCAGCCCUCUCACCCCAGCCUGGCCUCUCUUUCUAGGCCAGGCCCUCUGCCCAAAGAGAGGGCGUCUGCCCUGCCUCAUCCCCCCAAGCCCCGUCCCAGCCAGCAUCCCCCUACACCUGCGCGGGGGCUGGGAGGGGCUCUGUCUCCCGUGCAGGCUCCCAGCCCGUCUAACCUCCUGAGAUCCUCUCACCAAAUUGCAGCUGACUAAGGGGAACAGUCCAGAAGUCCUGAUUCCCAGCACAGGGGAGACGGCAAGUGGCCACUGUACGGGUCGCUCUCCCCCCACCUCCCCCGGAACCUGGCUCUUGUAGUUCUUAGGUCCUGCCAGGUGGUGGUGAGAGGCACUGGGUGGGGUAGGAUGCGGUGUGGGGCAGCCCAGAGGCUGACUAAUUUAAGGCUGGGGAUGGGACGAUUUUGCGGGGACUCAGGGCUCGGACUUGGGAUGGAAUCUUGUAGAAGUCCCCAAGUUCUGUUUCGCGAGUCAGCUGGUGUGCUCUGGCUUGAGCGCCAGCCUUGGCAGCAGAAGGGGGCUAGGCAUGGGGGCCCCUCAGCCUGAGGCUCUGGGUGGAAUCUCCCCGUCCUUGGCCUUGCCUGGGGCAGGGUGUGUCCCGCAUCCUGCCUGGGGGGGUGGUGAUUGCCUCGGAUGCUUCCCCACCCUCAGUAGGGCUUGGCCUGCCCUCUCCGUCCCCACCCGGGAGCCCACAGAAGUGGCCUGUGCCUCUUUCCUCGAUAGAGGAGGGGACAGUACACAGAGAGGUUUCCAGAGCACACUUGAUG